GGGUCACAUGACCUGGAUUCUUGUUCCAGUUCCACCCCUUGCCUGCUCUGUAACCUUGGGCAGGGGUCAGAGCCCCGUGGCAUGAAGGCAGGCAGCAAGCGGGCAUCAUCGGGGCCGUGUUAGCAGGAAUCCCUGCGGGAGAACCAUGGCAGCGGCGGCAGCCUCACCCCUGAACCUGGAGGCUCUGCGGGAGGUCCUCGAGUGCCCCAUCUGCAUGGAGUCCUUCACGGAGGAGCAGCUCCGGCCCAAGCUCCUCCACUGUGGCCACACCAUCUGCAAGCAGUGCCUGGAGAAGCUGCUGGCGGGCAGCAUCAAUGGUGUCCGCUGCCCCUUCUGCAGCAAGAUCACCCGCCUCACCAGCCUGGCCCAGCUGACCGACAACCUGACGGUGCUGAAGAUCCUGGACACGGCGGGGCUGGGGGAGGCCGUGGGGCUGCUGUUGUGCCGGGCCUGUGGGCGCCGUCUACCCCGCCAGUUCUGCAAGACCUGCCGCCUGGUGCUGUGCGAGCCCUGCGGGGAGGCAGGGCACCCGGGCCCCGGCCACACCCUGCUCCCCGUCAAGGAGGCGGCCGAGGAGCGGCGGCGGGGCUUUGGCCAGAGGCUGGCCCGGCUGCGGGAGCGGAUGGCAGAGGUGCAGCGGCGGAAGGCGGCCCUGGAGGGGGUCUCCAAGGACCUGCAGGCCCGCUCCAAAGCGGUGCUGCAGGAGUACGGGCGCGAGGAGCGCCGGGUCCAGGAGGAGCUGGCCCGCUCCCGCAAGUUCUUCACGAGCUCCCUGGUGGAGGUAGAGAAGGCCAACAGCCUAGUGGUGGAGGAGCAGGCCUACUUGUUGAACGUCGCGGCUGUGCAGGCGGUGUCUCGCUGCGACUAUCUCCUGGCCAAGAUCAAGCAGGGGGAUGUGGCCCUCUUGGAGGAGGAGGAGGUGGUGGCGGAGGAGGAGGAGGAGGAGGAGGAGUUGGAGCCGAGUGCCAGUCUGCUCCGUGAGCUGACCCUUCAGGAGGUGGAGUUCCUCAAGGUGGGCCAUGUGGGCCCACUGCAGAUCGGGCAGGCGGUCAGGAAGCCGCGGACUGUCAGGCUGGAGGACUUGUGGGCGGUGGAGCGGGACGGGGAGGGGGAGGAGAAAGACGAGACCGCCGUGGCCUCCACCUCUGCAUCAGCCUUCCGAGACCCAGACCCGAGCCCCGAGGAGGCGGCCCCCAGCCCCGGGGCCUCCCCGGCCCGGCAGAGGGGCCCUGAGCCUGCGGCCGGUGGCCAGCAGUGCCACUUCCUCAAGAAGAUGGGCUCGAAGGGCAGCAGCCCGGGGAUGUUCAACCUCCCCGUCAGCCUGCACGUUGGCGGCCAGGGGGAGGUCCUGGUGGCCGACCGCGGCAACUUCCGCAUCCAGGUGUUCACCCGUAAGGGCUUCCUGAGGGAGAUCCGCCGGAGCCCCAGUGGCAUCGACAGCUUCGUGCUCAGCUUCCUGGGGGCGGACCUGCCCAACCUCACCCCGCUCUCGGUAGCCAUGAAUAGCCAGGGACUGAUCGGCGUGACAGACAGCUACGACAACUCUGUCAAGGUCUACACCCUGGAGGGCCACUGUGUGGCCUGCCACCGCAGCCAGCUGAGCAAGCCCUGGGGCAUCGCAGCCCUGCCCUCGGGACAGUUCGUGGUCACUGACGUGGAAGGGGGCAAACUCUGGUGCUUCACGGUCGACCGAGCGGUGGGCGUGGUCAAGUACAGCUGCCUCUGCAGCGCCGUGAGGCCCAAGUUCGUCACCUGUGAUGCCGAGGGGACUGUCUACUUCACCCAGGGACUGGGCCUCAACCUGGAGAACCGGCAGAUCGAGCACCACCUCGAGGGAGGCUUCUCCAUCGGCUCCGUGGGCCCUGACGGACAGCUGGGCCGCCAGAUCAGCCACUUCUUCUCGGAGAACGAGGACUUCCGCUGCAUCGCCGGCAUGUGCGUGGACGCCCGCGGGGAUCUGAUUGUGGCUGACAGCAGCCGCAAGGAGAUCCUGCACUUUCCCAAGGGUGGGGGCUACAGCGUCCUCAUCCGGGAGGGGCUCACCUGCCCCGUGGGCAUAGCUCUGACCCCCAAGGGGCAGCUGCUGGUGCUGGACUGCUGGGAUCACUGCAUCAAGAUCUACAGCUACCACCUGAGGAGGUAUUCCACCCCUUAGGAGGGCCCCACGGGCCUCCCCUCACCCCGCUGGUCUCUGGGGAGGCCCUCUGGGGGUCGGUGGUGCCAUAGGUUAGGUUUGCGGUGCGAGUUUCUGGGGGUGCAUAUAAGUCCUGCCCCUUUGGCAGUCUAAGCUCUGAAGGAUCCAGCAAGGAAAGUGGGCAUGAGGCAGCAUUGGAGGCCCCGGGUCACCACCGGUCUGUGCCUCCGCUGUACUGUUCCCAGGACCUAUGAGUCCCACUAGUGGAUGCCCUGCUGGGCAGCCACUGCCUUUGUUGGGGACCUGGGGGUCAUCGGCAUGCCUCCUGGGGACCGGGACCACCGCUUGCCCUGUGGGAUUCACAUGUCGUCGGGGUACACUGCUCUCCCUUGCUUCUUGUUCGCCGUCAUUUCAAAAGUCCUGUCCCCUUCGUGUUGUGACUGAGCCCAACUCACCUCUCCCAAUGUGAAUCAAG